AUGGACAACGAUAGCUUCUAUAAGGAAUCCGAGGAGGAGAUUGUGAGCCUUAAAGAAGCACUACUGGAAAUAAAAUCGCUAGAUAUUAGCGAGGAAAGCAGGCUUUCUCUUGAGAAUGUCAAGAGGCUCAUCCAGAGGAACUUUAGUGAAAACCCUCUGGCAUGGCGAGAUAGGAACAAGAUCGAAGCUACUCUAAAACUCUGGGAAGAGUGCAAGUAUCAGUACGUUCAAUACAAGCCUAUCCAAAUGAACAUGGAAGAUAAGAAAUAUAUGCAGAUGAUUAUCAAAGAGCAUAUCGGUUUUGGACUCAUCGAACCUGGAAUCUCUGCCUACAGCAGCCCUGGGUUUCUAGUAAGAAACCAUGGCGUGAUUAAGAGAGGUAAACCCAGAGGCCAGACAUGGUGGCUUUCAACAAAAUCAAAACCGCCUCAGGCGAAGCUCCCCUGGUAUCGGUCAUUACUGAAGACAGUAUCUCUACUAGAAGAGCUUGGAGAUUAUGGGUUUGUCUCAUUGAGAUGA